ACCCGCCUUUUCCUUCAAUGAAAUAGUUAAGGCAAGGCAGAGCUGAGUGAGGGGAAGUUUGUUCUGCUGAAAGUAGUUUCAGCAUUUCUAAAUUUUUCGUCUCACUGCAUUCCUGCUAAGGAGGCAAGUCGACAAAGAUGAAAUACAUCAUAGGCAUCGGAGGUGUCACCAACGGGGGCAAAACCACCUUGACCAACAGGAUCAUCAAGGUGCUCCCCAACUGCUGUGUGGUCCAUCAGGAUGACUUCUUCAAGCCACAAGAUCAAAUAGAAGUCGGGGAAGACGGCUUUAAACAAUGGGAUGUGUUGGACUCCUUGGAUAUGGAGGCAAUGGUGAGCACUGUGCGUGCGUGGAUUGAGAACCCAGUGAAGUUUGCCCGUUCCCACGGGGUGAAUGUUACGCCUGGCUCUAAAGAGCCAGCCUCCAAAGAUAUCCAUAUUUUGGUCAUUGAAGGCUUCCUGCUUUAUAAUUACAAACCACUGAUAGACCUCUUUGACAUACGCUACUACCUGGCAGUGCCAUACGAUGAAUGCAAAAGGAGGAGAAGUACUCGUAACUACACUGUUCCCGACCCACCGGGUCUCUUUGAUGGACACGUCUGGCCCAUGUACUUAAAGCACAGGAAAGAAAUGGAGGACAGUGGCGUUGAUGUUGUUUAUUUAGAUGGCCUGAAGUCUAGAGAUGAACUUUACAAUCAAGUGCUUGAAGAUAUCCACAACAAGAUUUUAAAUUGCUUAUAGGUGAUGACACUGGCCUGGAAACCUAGUUCAGACGUCACAACAAGAGAGAUUCUCGGAGGUGAACAGCGCUUCAGAUGUCUUUAAAGUGCUGGUACGGAACCAGUUUUGUGUCAGCCUCGGCUUCUCGGCCUUUCUCGCUUCACGCUCAAAACAAAUUAGCAUGUAAAGAUACUAUAGGCAAGUGCUCCCAAGAUUAGAAGUAUGGACAGAAGUUGCUAUUUCUGCCUUUUGCAACCCAAAUAAGAAUGUCAUUUGGUCCUAAAGCCUCCAGCUACCUGAACCUCAAGAGGUGGAAAUGGCAGUAUUUCUGAACUUAUACUCCAGAAGGCAAAUCAAUGGGACUUCUCAGGAAACACGAGUAGCAGCCUUGUAUUAAAACUGCUACCUGAGGGAACUUUUCCGGAACUAGCCCUGCAAGUGCCAUCCUCAUUUUGGUUUGAAACAAACAGCAUUUAAAUGUUCACUUUGUACACGUGCAGUCUAUUUACCAAUAGAUUUUUUUCGUUAACUCACUGUGAAGGUGUCCUAAGGAAUCUAUGUCCUUUACACCCCUGUGGAGGAGCUCACACCCAACUAGGUUAUGUACUUUUGGUAAAAUCCUGCUUGAAAGUGCCCAACAGCACAUUACAACAACUCUGUACAACGUAUGUACAAGAGGUUCUGGUUUUUCAAAUGCUUCUGGGAGGUUGGUUUGAAGUCCACGGAUUUCUUACGCAUCCACACCCUCCCUUUCUAGUAAAACCAUAAAUAAAGUAUCAGUGGAAAUAG